UUAAAAAAAUUGUCAUUAUCAGAAUAGUUAACGAUGGUCAACUUUUGAAAUGUAAAAUCACAUUAAAAUCUGUUAGCAGAAUUUUUUAAAAUUUGUGAAUCCCGUCCCCUCAAAAUCGCUGCACGAUGAUUGGUCGGUUUAAAAUUAAAUGCUCAUUAGUCUUGUUCAAUGUAUUAAGCGAAGGUGUGGGCAGUGAAGGGUGAAUUAAGUGGCGCUUGCCUAUCGGAGCAUGCUGGUACAGACUGUGCAGAGUCAGUUUGUAUUUGUGGUAACAAUCUUGUGCGAUAAGUAGUGGCUCGUAAAGCUCAUAAGGACGCGGACGGCGAGUGAGAGUGAGUGGCGCAGGAUGAUGUGAAGCCGCAGACAUGUGCGCCUCCUGUUUUUCCUUGCUACUUAUACUCUUGACGUCUUCAAUUGGAUUGGUGACCGAAGGCCUGCCAUUAUCACGACAGGAGCGCGGUACCAACCAAGAUAUCUUGGCAGGUGCUGAUUUCUUAUCAGUCUUAAUUGGCUCCACGGCAGUUCAAGAGAGACAAAUGGGACCACAGUCUGCUACUUCGCAAAUAUUACCAACAAGUAUGACACGACGGCACUCCAAGAAACCACUAGGUCUGCGUACUCGUGAAUUACGAAAUCCAAGAUCCACCAACGCCGUUGAACUUAUAAGCGCAACCACAUUACCAACAAGUGAUAACCUAUUUCCAAAUGGCGAAAAAAUAAAAUUAGAAUCCAACGUAACAAAAGAAUUCAGUGAUAAAAUGAACCCUAGUUUAAUUGUUUCGGUGCACGUUUCUUCUUCAGUAAGUAAUUCGCAGAAGAAUAAACCUUCACCGGAUCCGACGGAAUCGAAAAUUCAUUCACGAUUAUCGUCAGAACUGUCAAAAACUGAACCCGAUAUAGCGGCAUCGGAAGAAUUCACAAGUUUGAUAUCCGACUCCAACAAAAGCGAAUUUAGCGUUAAUGAACGCGAUCCGAUAACAAGUGGAGCCGAAAUGGAAGAACAAAGUGACGGCUAUCCCGCUGAUGUACGAACUAUACCAAAUUCAAAAGAAGAACCUUUCGGUCAUCAUUCGAUUGUAUAUCACGACGAACCUGCAGAACUGAGUCGUGGUAGAUCGGUAUCCUACAGCACGGUCGUACAAUCAAUUCCACAGAGUGCGAAAUCGGAAACUACGAACAAAUUCAACGAAACAAAUCAAAGACAAGAUCGCCAUUUCGAAUUCAAAAAUGGGCCAAACGGGAAUCAUUACCUAGGAGUUAACAAAAAUUUUAAAUCGAAUUUCGAAACGGGAAUCGCCGAUAGAAAAGGUCCUCCCGAAGCAUCGAGCUCGGCAGCAGAAACCAACGACUAUUUCGUUACGGCAAGAUAUGAAUCUGCGCAGCAUUAUCCAAAACAUUUUUCUAGUGAUAAACAAUUACGGUGGCGAAACCCAGACUUCUCUUUUAUUUCUGAGUCGGCCCCGCAAAGAUCGACCGAAAAAUACUGGGGGGUUGUAGACAAACCUCGCGAUCAACAAACUUACGGAAGAACUACGACUGAUCAAAAGCGCUCUCGCGUUCCUAUAAUAUAUGGGAGACCAGAGCAAAACUAUGAAGUGGACGAAUCCGUUAGCGUGAUGAGCAAUGGUCGAGUUCACGGCGUUCAAGCAAAUAAAAUUCACCUCUCGGUCCCACAGCUGGAUGAGAAAAGUGAAAUGAAUAACGAUAGUCAAAAGGUCGGUUACGUUGUGGAAGGGCGCAAUUAUAGAAAGUAUCGGGUCGAAGAGAGAACUUCCGAUGGAUUUAUCGUCGGUGAAUACGGAGUUGUGAGUCACGAUGAUGGAUCAUUACGUGGGGUUCGAUACACUGCCGAUGGUACCACAAACCCUAGACUAAUAUAUGAUGCCUUAAUGAAAUUUUUGUCAUUGUGAUGGCAAAUUAUCCGGUGCAAUUAACUGUAAUCAACUAGUUCCUCUGCGUUCUCUAUUUAACUUUAAAGUUUGAUAGGUGAACGAUUAUUAAGGUCUGUGCUCAUGAUAUUUUAAGUUUUAAGUCUAAGUAUGUAGGUACCAUUUUAUAUUUCAGACUUCCGCAACGCUAAUACAAUCUAUGAGUUAUUGAAAUUUAGAGGAGACUAAGGUUACUUAUUUUUGAGACUGUCAAAAAGUCUAAAGUUAAAACCAUAAGUGUUUUGUAACACUUCAAGCAAUGUAACUGUGAUCAGUUCUUAUCGUUGCCGAACUCUAAUCUUAAAAAUGUGUAAUAGGUACUAAGUAGGUAGUUACUUGAAAAUGCCAUAUGAUGUUAUCUUGUAUAUAAGAAUUAGCGUUUGCUACCUUUGUUUUUAAGUUUUAAGUUUUUUAAUGAAAAUAUUGAGAGUUGCUCAUAUUCUUAGUAAACAACUUCUAGAUCCCAUCUGAUUUAUAUUUAUUAUUAAUAAUACAUUGCUAAGUCAGUAAUAAAUAUUGCAUACAUUUAA